AUGAGAUUUUUUGCUGUUCUUGGUUCUGCUCUUGCAGGUUAUGUCCCGGAGUAUUUCUGCGAUCUGACGGCGAAUGGAAACGCUGGAUCGACUCCAAAUGCGCCAGUUAAUUAUAUGUGCUUUGAAUAUCAAUGUCCAAGACGAGAAAAUAUCAUGCAACUGUAUAACGGGCUACUUCAAAUCCAUGCUGAUGAAAGAGGGCUUCAAGUCGACUGUAGGGACAGAUCUUGUACAGAGACUCUGUACAAUCAUUACGAAUUCUGCAUUCCUUGCUGCAACAGCCCCUACUCGAGGAACACAGACUACCGCUUUCCAACCUGCAAAGCGAUUCGUACAUUCUCUGAUGCUUGUGAUCACUUUCGCCGUUUUGGCAAAUUCAAUAUCCGAUAUUACUAA